AUGGCAAGCUACGAAACGUGUCACGAAGUCUCCCCGUUGUGCCCUGUCGAGGCAACAACCUACGGCUACUACCCCAACUUUGGCGGCAAUGUCUUCUUCGCCGUGUGGUUUGGUCUUCUUGGCGUCAUACAACUGGGGAUUGGUACCUACUAUCGGUCAUGGACGAUAAUGAUCGCGCUGGCUGUAGGGCCGCUCAUGGAACUAGCAGGGUACAUAGGACGGAUAUUGAUGAACGAUAACCCGUGGAAUGGUGACGCUUUUAAGCUGCAGAUUGUCUGCCUCGUGCUCGCCCCGACUUUCAUCGCCGCCGGCAUCUACCUUACUUUGAAGCACAUCAUCCUCGCGCUCGGCCCCGAGCACUCGCGUCUCAAGCCGAAACUCUUUACCUGGAUCUUCAUCUGCUGCGAUAUCGGAUCGCUCAUCUUACAGGCAGCAGGUGGCGGUGUUGCAGCCGCUGCAGGAAAUGAUAUGGAAGUUCUCAAGAUUGGAGAUGAUAUUAUAAUUGCUGGUAUCGCAUUCCAGGUCGCCACAAUGUCAGUCUGCGGACUGCUUGCAGCCGAGUUCUUCUGGCGCGUUAGGAAAAGUGGCCCUGGAUCUUUCAGCGAGAAGUCUCUCGGCCGCAGAAGCAUACACCUUAUCCUUUUUGGAGAGAUCUUCGCAUACUUCACCGUGCUGAUUCGGUGUAUUUACCGCGAUAAUUGCAGUAUCCCCGAAAUGGCCGGCGGCUGGGGCAAUCCGCUUAUGCAAAAAGAAAAAGAAUUCCUAGUACUCGAUGGAAUGAUGAUCGGUCUCGCUGUUCUAUCGCUCACCGUCUUCCAUCCUAGCUUCUUCCUUCCGUCGUUGAGGAAGGGAGUUAAGGCUCAGCCAUAA